CUGCCACAGCUCCGAGCCCGCUUGAACGAUGCCUGCCCCGCAGAGUGCCCUCCCCGACAACUUCCUCGAGAUCAAGGAGCAGCGCGAGGAGACGAUCCGCCAGUCGUGGAUCGGCGUCAUGGAGGCCAAGCUCGUGCGCGAGGAGCUCCAGAAGUGCUGGCGGACCGAGGGCGUCAACCACUACGAGGUGUGCCACCCGUUGACGGAGAAGUACCUCGACCUCCUGCGGACAAACCGGAUCGAGGGCUACACCAAGCUGGACUUCAAGGCAUGAAGGAGAGGAGCGAGUAGCUGGGCUGUGCAACACGAGCAGGAGCGGUUCUCGAGGA